GUCACUUGGUUUAUGUUUAUGUUUCAUUUAAUACUGUUUGAAGGUGUUUAAUGGUGUUAAAAUUUCUAAACUGGUUAAAAUAAUUUUUAAACAAUAAAAUAAAACGGACUUGUUAACCAUUUAAAAAAUAUUUACGUAUAGUUUUUAAAGAAAUGUCUAAUAGAAGUGUUCCUAUUUGCAUUGAAUGUCAAAGAACUGAAACUCUUCUUUGGAGACAGUCGGAAAAUGGAGAAGGCGAGAUUUGUCAAGAAUGUUACGAAAAAAAGGAAACAAAGAAUUCGAAUGAUAAUGCUAGUUUAGUAGAGUUUGAUAAAAUAACUGAAGAAACAAAAAGUAAAUCACACAGAAUACUUGGAGAAGGCAAGCACGUCACGGUGGCAGAAGAAAAAAAAAUUCGCAAAAGUACCCGAUCAACCCGAUUUAAAGCGAAAAGUUGUACUCAACCUAAUAAUAUUACUUCGAACAGCUCUUACGUUCAAAACACAUCGAAUAAUACCAAAGUACAAAGCAAAGGACGUAGCAGGCGAAAUAUUUUCAAAAAAAUACCUUUAAAAACACCAGUUGCACAAGCUACUACGCACGUUGUGGAGAGCGUAUUUUACAAAGGAACUUAUCUUCAAGUUGGCGAUAUUGUAUCCUUAAUGGAUGAUAAGCGCAAUAUAUACUACGCCCAAAUACGUGGUCUCUUAGUUGAUAACUAUUGUGAAAAAUCUGCUUAUCUUACAUGGCUUGUUCCUACACAAGCAAGUCCCGACCCACGCGAUGGAUUUGAUCCAGCUUCGUAUUUAAUAGGACCAGAUGAAGAUCUUUCCCGAAAGUUGUCUGCUUUACAAUUCAUAAUGCAUGCACCUAGUAAUUAUUAUUAUGAUCGUACUACGCCUUUUCCACUCCCAGACGCAAUGGAAAUUGAUGGAAAGACAAGAGGUUUUAUUUGGACUUCGCUUUCCGAAUAUCAUCGAACAACUAACUUAUGAAUUAUAAUAGAAUAUUUUGUAAUAAAUUGAAUGAAUGAAGAAUGUAA